UCGACUAAGGAAUCUCUCGUGACCCCAUACCCUACGACACGUGACUCUUUCACAGCCCUUAGAUUAUAAGCUAUAUAUUCCCGCAUCUUCCUUUAUAUUACCCAACAACCUUCUCAUUUUGCAACAUCAAUAGCUGAAGCAGAUCAAAGUUCCUGACAAGCUGAUCGAGAACGCAAAAAUAUGGCUACCAACAAGGUUGAGAUGGAGAAAAGUGAGGGGAAUUUGAAACAUCUAGGGUUUGUAAGGGUGUUGGCUAUAAACACUGCGGUUUUGGUGUCAAAUCUGUAUGAAUACGCGAAGCAGAACUCGGGGCCUCUGAGAUCGACUGUGGGUACUGUAGAGAACGCGGUAACUACCGUGGUAAGGCCUGUUUACGAGAGGCUUAAAGGUGUUCCUGAUGAAGUCCUUGUUUUCCUAGACCAGAAGGUUGACGAUGGAGCAGCAAAAUUUGAUGAGCAUGCUCCUCCCUUGGCCAAGAAGGUUGUCAGCAAAGCCCAUUCCGUGUUUCAGAAGGCAUCAGAAGUAGCACAAGACUUGUUCAAAGAAGUACAAGUUGCAGGUCCUCGUGCAGCUAUUAAUCAUGCUGGUGCAUUGUCCAAGCAAUUGGCUACUAGUCAAGUGGCAGUAGUCUGGUAUCAUAUAAAUCAUUGUGCACCGUUGCAUGGAAUUGCACAGAUGGCCGCUCCUACUGCUGCUCACUGGUCAGAGAAGUAUAAUCAACUAGUCGCUGACUUGAAGAAGAAAGGUUAUAUUGUUGUCAGCUACAUUCCUUUGAUACCAGUUGAAGAAAUCUCAAAGGCAUAUAAACAGGUUGAGUCUGCUGCGGAUGAGAAAGACGAUGCUCCUAAUUCCAGUUCAAGUAAAUCCGAAUGAGACUUGGAAUGAUUAUCUUAGUAUAUCUGUUUACCCAAUGUUUUGUUGUGCUUGUAAGACUUAGUUUGGGUGAGAUUGGGAAGUUUGGGGGUAUCCAUUGUAUAGAUCGCUCGAUACCACUUCUGUAGCAUCUUACAUGUUAAGGUUUUGUGCUUUGUAUAAUUCUGAAUGAUUUUGUUGAUGCUGUAAUGGCGUGCGUGCCUAUGCAAUGUCCUGUCCAUGCAUAAUGAAGUUUGAAUUCUGCUAGUUCAUUUGGGUAUUCACGUUAUUAUUUUGAUUUA